GCGCGGAGGGGAGCGGAGCGGGAGAGGCGAGGGGCCGGCGGAAGAGCGGAGCGGCCGCCCCCCGCCCCGGGGUGGUGCGGAGCGGAGCGGAGCGCGGCGCCUGCCGCUGCCUGGAUGCCAGAGGCGCCUCGGGAGCCGGCGGCCGGCGGCACCCGGGAGGGCCCGGGGGAGAAGGAGGAGGAGGAGGAGGAGGAGGAGGCGGCGGAGGAGGACGACUCCAGGCGCGGAGGGGAGGAAGCAGGCAGCGCUGGCCAUGGCCUCCAACUUUAACGAUAUAGUCAAGCAGGGCUACGUGAAAAUCCGCAGCAGGAAGCUGGGGAUUUUCAGGCGUUGUUGGUUGGUUUUCAAGAAGGCUUCCAGUAAAGGACCCAGGAGGCUAGAAAAAUUUCCAGAUGAGAAGGCAGCAUAUUUCAGGAACUUUCACAAGGUAACCGAGCUGCACAAUAUCAAAAACAUAACUAGAUUGCCUCGAGAGACAAAGAAGCAUGCAGUGGCAAUUAUCUUUCAUGAUGAGACGUCAAAGACAUUUGCGUGUGAGUCAGAACUAGAGGCAGAGGAAUGGUGCAAACAUCUUUGCAUGGAGUGUCUAGGAACCAGGCUCAAUGAUAUAAGCCUUGGGGAGCCAGAUUUGCUUGCUGCUGGAGUCCAGAGAGAACAAAAUGAACGAUUCAAUGUAUAUCUUAUGCCUACACCAAAUUUAGAUAUCUAUGGGGAAUGUACAAUGCAGAUCACACAUGAAAACAUCUAUCUCUGGGACAUCCACAAUGCCAAGGUCAAGCUGGUCAUGUGGCCUCUGAGCUCUUUGAGGAGAUACGGACGUGACUCAACAUGGUUCACAUUUGAGUCUGGAAGGAUGUGUGACACAGGAGAAGGGCUGUUCACCUUUCAGACACGAGAAGGAGAAAUGAUAUAUCAGAAAGUCCAUUCUGCAACACUGGCAAUAGCAGAGCAACAUGAAAGAUUAAUGAUGGAGAUGGAGCAGAAGGCAAGGCUCCAGACCAGUCUGUCUGAACCAAUGACAUUAUCCAAGUCGAUCUCACUUCCUCGUAGUGCAUAUUGGCAUCAUAUCACCCGGCAGAACAGCGUUGGAGAAAUCUACAGUUUACAAGGUCACAGCCUCGGAUCGGCGAAGGUGUCCCGGGCGCAGACGUUUCCCAGCUACCCCUCGGAGCAGGGCGAGGAGCACCCGCAGUCCCUCUCGCUGGCCAGCAGCUACGCCUUCAGCUACGGCUCGGGCCUGGUGCAAUGACAGCCGGGGGCGGCCGGCCGAGAGAGACAGUCGAGCCUGGAGGCUGCCGCCAGGGCCGGGGAGCCGCUGGCCCCCUCCGCACCCACCAUUUGCCGUGAAAACUGAUGCCAACCAGCUCCAGCCGGGUCGCCGCCACCGCGGAAACCUGGAGAGGCGGCUUCCCCGAAGCAGAGGCUAAGUCUUUAUUUAUUUAUUUUGCCGUUCCUUUUGUUGAUACGUUCAGAAAGGAAGGGGGGGGGGGGGCGGGGGGGCUGGGGGACGCGUUCGUGUUGUGAGAAAGUGGUGGAAACAAACGAAGCUGUGUUGGUGUGAAGGUUUCUGCAUGACCGGAGAAGGCCCGCUCUGGGGCUCCAUCGCGAUGGUGCGUUCGACGUCGGGGCCUUCCUACCCGCCUCCACCAGCAGGCCGGCCCGUCUUCACCCGUAACGUUUUUAUGUCCUUGCCGCAGCCCACUGAUUCCCGCUGGAGUCGCUGAAAUGUCGCCAACUCCGAGACACAGCGUCGGCGCUGCGGGCGUCACCUUCGGAUCCAAGCGAGUUCGCUCAUUACGCUAGAGGGUGGUCGGGUGCUUUUUGAGCCAGACGCCAACAGAUAAUGGAGUAGCAGGCUAAUACGGUUUGUUGGGAAUAGAGUUUGAUGUGUUAAGGUAAGGUUAUUGCCUGGUACGGCUCUAAUCUUAAAUUCCCGGGGCACAAAUUCAUCCCGUAAUAAUACACGCGCAAUUCUCACAACGCCCCUGAGAGCUGUGAACGUCCAUAUCAGCAGCACAGUCUUGUCCUCAGAACUGCCACGAAGUCUUCUUAUUUGCAAAUUAUUUAGGUAACCAUGCCUGCAAGCCUAACUUUAAAAAGCGGGAAAACUGUUCUUCAGACAAAUAAAAGCAGGCUGCAUCCCUGGCUGGCAACCGCCUGUGCCACGGCUGUGCCAGAUAUGGUAGAGCUGAGCUCUGGUCUUGUCUUUCUGGUCAGCGUUACUUUGAUUUUCUCUGUUUUCUUCUCAGAUUUCUGUUUUAGAUGCAUAUUGUAUCUUGUAUGAUCAUGUGUCAAGCAUCGGUUUGCUUUGAAAAGGAGGAAGAGUACCUCUCAAUGGAAAUUUUCUGUCUUUGGAAGACGUCUUUAAAAAAUAAACUGUAGUAGGUGUGUUUGUAAUCGGUAACGAGGGAAUAAGUUGGAAGGCAUACCUGUAGGUGGGGAACAAGUUUUAGCUAUCCUGAACAUUUAGAUUUUUGUAAGUGGUAUUCAAAUAGUUAUGUACUUCUCGCGAUGCCCUGGAAUGUUUGGAAUUGUGGGGAGAAAAAUGUGCCCUCUUGCUAUGAUCUGAGCAGCCUUGUGUUCUGUUCCCAGUGUGAAACAAUUGCCAUGGUUACCAGAGGGAUUCGUCUCAUUAGUUGUUUCUCAGGACAGGUUGAGGAAGCAUAUCAAGGAGGAGAUACAUAGACUCUUUUCCAAUGAAACAAUCAGUUUUAUGUACCAUAAUUUAACUGAAAAAGUGCUGUUGGGUUGUUUUAUAUAUGCACAUAUAUAUAUGUAUUAAAAAGUACAGAAGAAACUUCUGCUUUUGAUUAAACAUUUACUGAUACAGUAUGUCCGGCUUUUCUCCAACCAUUUUGCAGGCUAAGAGACCUUGCAGACUUACAGCUUUCUACACCUCAGUGAACAGCUGCUGAAUAAAAAAGCUUUGUGAUCCGCUUGAAUGGAAUACUUCUACCCCACCACAAUCAGCUUUAUUUAUUUUUCCUCUUUUUCCCUGUCUCAUUCACUACCUCUUUUCCUUCUCACAGUGCUGCCAUACUCAGGAAUAGAACGGCUCCCUACAGAGAGUAUUUUGAUGAGCUAAAAUGAAAAACUGCUCUCCCACACUGUCAGGGAGCUGUACCUAUGGUGCUCUCUGAGCUGUACCCAUCAAGGAAGCUCCAUUCACACUUUCAUUUAAGAAAAAAAUUUGGUUGACAUUUUGUUUUGGGAAAUUUCCAGUUUGCAAAUGUUACAUGCAAAAUGUGAUACAAAAGGAUAGAUACUCUCCUGGUGUAAUUCAGUGCAACUUUGCCAAAUAUAUGCCUUUUGAGGAAUUGGCCAGUUAUUUUUAUUCCUAUGCAACUGCGAUUCUUUCACUUGCCCUAAAAUUAUGUAUUUUCUUUAAAAUUCCUUAAAAUUUCCACUGUGUUCUGCAGAUUUCUAUGCUGUGUCCAUGUAACUGUUUUCCUCUGGGACUUGAAUACUAGUCAUUUAAUAUUUACAUAUUCUGCAUAGUCCAAAAGUGGGGAAAAGGCAAAACAGGAGAGUAUCAGAACUGCUUUAUAGUUCCAGUGCCCAUACACAUAGAAGAACCUGUCUAAAUCCUAAAGCUGGUGCUUUAGCUGUGUUUAGAUAAAAAGCAUAAGAUCUAUAUAGUGCGUGCUUUCCAUUUCCUGGGGAACAGUUGCUGUCUGUUCACAGAUGGUUUUGUCUUCCUGUGCAGUGCAUGAAUAUUGUCUAGUUAAUGAAAAUGUAGAUGCUAUUUCCAAAGAAAACACAUUAAAAAGGGGGGGGGGCGGGAUUGGCCAUGUAUAGGAGUUUUACUAAAUAAUUUGCUUUCAUUACAUAAUGCAACUACCCACUCAUUUCAUAUGUUUAUAAACAUCUGUGAAGUCCCAUCUCGUAGCAAUAGGCAGAAAACUGAACUCCAGGACAAAGCUGGAGAACGCAACCAUCAAAAAGCAAACCUGACCUAUUGGAAACCUAUUUCUUGUCGAGAGUAAACACAACCACACUUGAAGUUGAAUGGUGCAACUUCACCAUGUACUGUAACACAAUCUAGGAAAACUGGGCACCCGAAGCACAAAGGUAUUCAGCAGCCAGUGGAUGUUGCGUUUAGUGCCACUGCAGAACAGCAGAUGAUAUCACUGUAACAUUUGUGUACUUGCAUAGCUUCCAGAAAUGUUCCUCAGAAAAGCUCCAUGAGAAGCAGGCAGGCACUGCACCAACAGUUUGCCAGAAAAUUCUGUUUUCACGGAAUUGCUUUAAUUCCUGGCAUAUGCCUGUCGAUAAUCUGAGUGAUUCCCCACUGAGACUACUUUGUACAGCUCCUAGUGCUUCCGCCAGAAGGAAAACUCUCUUUCGGCACACGUGGUAGAGCUGCCUGCCUAGAGACUACAAGGGCCUUUAAAUAGGCCCAGGGACCCCAUGGGACCCUGUUCAAGUCUCGGCUUUCUUCAUGUGCAAGGCACACAGAUAAUACGUCUACUCCUGACCCAAGAGGAGCUCUCUGUUUUCAGCUAAUGAGCUGUGAAGAGUUGGAGGGCAACAAAAAUGUCUUCAGUGGUAACUAGGUGCGACUGAUAAAAUAGAAGAAAUAAUACAAGGCUAUAGCUUUCAUUUAGGUUCUGAGGAUGUGUUAUGAAUAUAUAACUGUAACCAUGAUUUAAAUUCUUAAAAAAUGACCCUUGAUAACAAUAUAUUCACCCCUACGAAAAAAUAACACACAGCAUUAUUAAAUAUAGUUACUAAUAUAUCUUAACUGUGAAUCUUAUAGUUUGAUGCAUGCUGGUACUUUUGAUUUUGAAGUCACUUGGUGCAGAAAAGGAGAAAUUGAAGGAGACUGGUAAUAAAUCAUCAAAUGGUACUAAGGUACUUGACUAGCCCCAUUUUUUAAACAGCUACAUGUUAUUAUUGACAGUUUAAAUCAACUAUGAGUAUAUUCCUCUGAAACAAUUUUGCCUGCCUAUGUAAAGGAAAAAGAAAGGAUAUCUUGUAACUCGGAGUUUGCUGUUUUACUGAGUAAAAGUUUAUGCUUUACUUUUUGUGGUAGGCUCUGAUUCCAGCUCCUCACAUGUAUCAAGUCCAUGCAAAAUUCUGCUCCUGGGGGUUUUUGUUGGGUUUUUUUUUUUCCCCUAAAGCUAGCAAGUAAAGCUUGGAAAUGUAUUGACAAACCAAAGAAGUUUAUUAGACAGCAACAAUAGCUGCACUCUUUUGUUUUGACAAAAGUCUACCAUGACAUUUUGGGAAAACACUUCAUUUCACAACACAUGAAUAGAAACCCUAUUGGGAAGCAGCAAACACAUUUCUAAUCAAGUCUUGUUCUAAGCUAGUAAGACUUUGCUGGAGGAGGAGUUGAAAUUGAAUAUCUGAUGUCAGAAGUAUUGUAAAGUGGUCUCUAUAGCAAUAAUUUAAGUACAACAUGCAGCCUUCAGGCACCCAUUUAUUUAGGAGUUGCUAAGUGCAGGCAGUCUGUGAAGACCCUUACCUGUUCAUGGCAAAGAGAAAAAAAGAGCAUUAAUCAGAUCUCUCUACUGCAUUUAUCAGAAAAGGCAUGAACUUCAUGCUUGUUCAGCUCUCCAGUCUAAUAGGCAAUACUAUGAGGAGCGGUGAUUUUUGAGUUAUUUGAUCUCUAGGAACUGACAAAGACCAUCAGCCUGUAGCGUAUAAACCUCUACUCGGAAUUAGCUCACCAGCCACAUUUACUAGUUUUAAUCUGGUAACCUAGAAACUGCAGGGUAGUUUUUCAUGAGAAAAUAGAAGUCUCUUGAAUGGCUGUGCUUUUAGUAUGAAAUACAGAAUUAUUUACAACUGUUUCUUCCUAAAAAGGGAAGAAGGUGUUCCAGUUAAUCUCUUUUUUAGUGUAUUUUAGCUCCUUUUUAUACCUGCUGCAAAGGAAUAAAUGUGGCUUUUAUCCACAUGCAGAAUAGAGUGGACUGUGGAGAAAGUGUGAGAAGCUGCUGUUUGAUUACAAGAACAGAUCCAACAGCACUGGAAAGUUUCAUUUUUCUGUACAUCAUCGAAAUACUUGUGACUCUUUCCAAACCAACUUGUUACACAACCUGUAUAUAUUAGAAUGUUAUAUUUUUCACCACAGACAACUGGUCGGGGUGCCUGCCUAUGUUUUGUAAGUAGAAGAUAAUGACUGUGCAACACCAUUGUAGUGGCAUAACUUUAAAAUCAAAGGGUAUAAGGUUGGAUAUAUUAAUUCUGCAUAUAUAAAGUCUUGCGCUCCAUAAAGCGUGCUUUGUUUGUUCUUGAUGUUACAAAUAAAUGCUCUUCAUUUUUGAUUUUAGAUAAAAAGGUGUGUUAUAUUGGAAACAAGUACAGGCAUGUGGUGGAAUGAAAGAAAUGUCAAAGGAUAUUGACUAACCUGUUGUAGCAAGAAGUUUGGCUCCCUGUCCAGGCCCUUACGAGACAGUAAAAGGUGAUAGGUGAAGGUGCUGUGUAUUCAAUUAUUUAAAUGGCAUUAUGCUUAGAAACCUAAGUAUUAGAAACCACAGGUGAACCGGUUCUGUUGAAGAAAAUGGAAGUGUCACUUUGCAAAGAUCCUUUUCACAUCUUUGCAUGCAUAGGCAGCUUGACAGAUUUUUAUGGAUAUGGCUAAAACAGAUAUGAAAGUAAUGGAGGUUGAAGUAUGAUUAAAUAUAAUUAAAGCAUUUUAAAAUGUCCAUAUUAUUAUGAAUAUUGCAAGUUGUAACGGAGAAAAGAUUUCCUUUUUAACUAAGUGCAAGCUCAGAAUCUAAUAGGCUCUCUAAGAUGAAGAAGUUAAUCUUUUUAAAUCUCACACUGGAAGUCCUGAAGAAUGAAUUUCAUUGUGGGUUUUUUUCCUUCAGUACAGAAAUCCUCAUGAGGUUAACCAGAUUUACCACGUUCUCUUACAGUCCUGGGAUUGUCAAGUGAAUGGAUACAUUUUACAGUAGGUUUUUUCCUGUGACAGUAUUUGACAUGAAUGAAGUUAACCCUCAUUUUCAAUAUAGGCUACACAUUGUCUUCAAUCUUUUUUUUAAAUUAUAUGAUAGCAAGACUGCAGUGGGCAUAGAAAAUAGCACAAAAUUAAGCACCAGUCUUGGCAAUUCCCUCCCAGUAACAAAAAUAAAGGUUGCGGGUUGCAGUUAAACAUUUAUUCUCAUCGCUGCUCCUAUAGCUAGAAAAGAAUAAAUUAUGUAAAAUAAAGCUAUCUUUGUUGAUGUUAAUUGUUGCAUUUCCUGAGUUUCUGUAGAUGCGACAGGAGAUACCCAGAACUGCUUUUUGUAAGUUGUAUUGAUUUAAGAUGGCUACAAAGAAAAACAGACAGUGCAGAAAAAAAGUUUUAUGACUUCCUACCAAAGUAUUACACAUGCUCCUCUUUUAUUUCUUUUUCCUUCUUUGAAAACCAUCAUUCUACAAAGAGCAAGAAGUUUUUGAAACCUAAUAAAAGGGAAGUGAAAAAUAGGGCAAGAUAUCAACAAAAAUAAAAAAAAGAUUCUGUAAUCUUUAAAAAUAUUAGGAGAAUUUAGCAGACAUUUAAACACAUAGCAAUGGGUCAUGCUGAGUGCAAAACAGUUUCCCAGAUCAUUCAACUUCUGACUAUCAGGAGCUGGGAACAAUAUUUUGUAUUUAAUCCAACUCACAGCUCUAACUUGCUCUAUAACAAUGGACUCGGGAGUGCUGGGCUCAUUUUCCCUAACCUGGCUGGAAGAACCAAGUACCAGUCCAGCUAACAUGCAGUGUGCAAUAUAGAUGCUUAAAAAAAAAACAGUAUUUUGCCCAAUGCAUCACAAUUGCUAUCACACAACUUUGUGGAACUUACUGCAGCCAGCUAUUGUUAAAAAUAUGAUUUAGAAUAUUUCAGAGCUGAUCAAAUUCUGGGUAAUAAAAGCAGCAUCUGCAUUUAUGAUGCAUAAAAAUACAUACAUAGGUGCUCAGCCUUUAUGCUUCUAAUUACAAAAUGAUCUGACAGAGUUCUGUGGGAAAGUUCCUCUCAUACUACCAUUGUUGGGUAAAUUAUGGAAAUUUAAAAGAAAAUAAUAAAUGUCUGGUUCAGACAGUUUUAUUUCAGAGGAAAAAAAAUGGUGUUAACAGAGACUAAUUUUAAUACAUAUAAAUAUUCCUAACAUACAUUUCUCUCUUCAAAUACACAUAUAGACAUCAGCACAAAUAGAGAAAGGUUAUGAAAAAAAAAGGAAAAAAGGAAAGACACCGUGUAUUUGUUUGGCUUUAUCUUGGUAUGAUAAGCUAAAUCAUGUUAUAAAACUCACUGGUUAAUACUACAAAUUAAUUAUUUAGUGUAACAAUCUAAUUAAAUAAACUUUUAAGAAAAGUAUUAAAUAUCCUUUAGAAUCACUGAGACACUUUUUUUCUAAAACUACAAAAUUCUCUUUUUAAAUAAGCGUAAGGUUAGAAGAAAUAUGUCAGCCACUGCUAGCAAUUCAUAUUAGUUGUUUUAUCUAAUUAUACCAGCUAACAAUGUGGAUAGUGUGGAAGUAAUGAUAAACUUAUUAUUCUUUUGCAACUUGCCUGAGAUAACUUUGUACAUUUCCUUUGGUACUUCUAGCUUGAACAUUAUGCCCUGUUAUACGUAGGGAUAUAUAAAUGCAAGCCUAUAAUACGGAUAGUAAGGUAAGUCUACAGCUUUAUAAAUCGAGGGUCAAGAAACUAGUCAGAGCAGUGGCAGAGUCCCGCGGCGUGGUGGCAGCCUGCUCUGGUAGCCUCUGAGCUCCCGCAGGUGAGGCUAUCCAUCUCGAUGAUCCUGAGGCUCUCUUAUUUUAAAGGAAGUGUUGGCAAACUCAUGAUGUGUUUGUCCCGGGUGCUCAUCCUCUUCUCAUAACUCUUAAUGCAUUUUACUCCUAGAAAAUAACAAAAAAACCAAAGAGUAUGGGCAAAAGCAGAAACAAGGACACUCUUGCUGGAGGAGCGCCCUAGAGAGUCCUGCAGGCUCUUCUUAGUCCUUAAAACACGAGUUGUUUCUGUAGAGGAGCCCAGCUUCAGGGGGGAGGCUGGAAAGGCAGGGGAGGGGGGGCUGCGUGUCUGAGGCGGGCUGGGGGAGAACUGGGCCAGGGUCUUCUGUUUCCUGGCUGAUUUGGCGGGUAGGAUGCUGCAUGAACUGACUGUUGCAGCAGAAACGGCCAGCAUUUCACGUGACGGUGAAAAGCCUCGUCCAGCUUAGCGUUUUGAAGACCGCUGUGGGUCUCGAGCCUCAGGCUGGAAUCUUUCACACUGGAUGUCAAAGGGGCGGCAGCCGCCCGGAGCCCACGCACCCCCUGACACCACAUCCCAGCGAGGCGUGGCAGUGGAGGCAUGUCUUGCGCUCUAACCCAAAACAGUGCCCCGGGAAUGUGAGUGUUGGAAACGUCUUCUGAGUUACCUUACUUACUUACACCUUAAAUAAUACAGUCUGAGAACUUGUCCCGGGGUCCACAGCCUAAAAGAGCAUUUUAGCACCUAUCCUGUAGACAGACAGGGCUGGUUUUGGAACUACCUGUUAGUGUCAGCCUUACAAAGCUGUUUAGGGGAUUAACUGCUGUUGGGCAUCUCAGCUGUAAAGGAAGUAAGUCUUUCACUUGUGCUGGGGAGUACUCACUGAGGCAGAGUUUCAGCUACCGUAAAUAAAUACCAUUGCUUUGAACUUUCAUAUAGCUCAAUAACAUAGAAGGUUUAGAGGAGCAUGAUGCAGGUAAGAUUUAAAAAUAAAUUUUUAAAAAUCAAAGCCCUGGUUCCCAGAUGUCUUCAUGAUUACAAAAAAAUCACCACCACCCCUGGGGGAAAAAAAAAAAAAAUAGAAAUUAGUCUGAUAGUGAGAUCAGUCCUCUGAAAUCUUUUUCUGAAGUAAAGUUUCUUAUUUGAAUAUCUCAGGAGUAAGCUAGCAUCCACCUGUCAUCAAACUAACAAAUGCUGGUAGCACCUAUACUUUGACUAUUCUGCCUGCUUUGCUGCCUUGGUCCUCUCCUCCUGUUCCCUAGUCCUGGGAUAAGACCUGGAUAGGAGGUAGGUGGUUAAGUUGCACAGCACAGUUAGAACAAGCUAUUUCUGAGUAUUCUUGAAAAAUGAAGGUGCCUAACAGAAAAGGUGCCUGGGAAUUUGGGACAGGUGGAGGUCAGAAAGAGGGUUAAGUGCUGGACUACCCUGCCUAAUGUGGGGGUGUGGAGGAGUCCAGCUUCUUGUGUUCCUUGGUGGGUCCAGCCCUUAAAGCAGGCUGUUUCCCCACGGAAACAUUGUUUUACCCCAAGGUACACAGCCAAGGGAGAGCAGAAUACAAGCAGAAUGAGCAGUAUCAUGAACGUAUUAUAGAGUCAAAGAAGCUCUUUAAGGUAAAGGAACAUAUUUGAGAUGAAAAAAAGAAAAUAACGGGAGAUAACGUAUGUUACUGUUCUAACUUUCACCUUCUUUCAUAGACUGUGAGUUUUGUGUUUGCCCUGUUGCUCCAACCUCUAGUGACUGCCUGUCCUACAUUCAGAAGUCCCAGCAAAGACUGAUCACAAAUAACUUUCUUUCUGAUUUCUUUUUGAAGAGAGAUGUGAGUUUACACCCUUUAAAGACUUAGUAGUACUAUUAAUCAUGGAAUUUUCCUUUGAGCAUGGGACUUAAACAUCUACCUUUUUCACCUUUUUUCAAAAAGAUGAAUUUUAUUAUUAUGGAAAAGAAAUCUGGUUUUACUUUUCUUAAAAUCUCAGAGAUUCGUUUCCCAGUUACAUGGAAGGUAGUUACCCAGUGAUUCAAGACUUAGUUUUUUAAUGAUAAUGUGCUUUAUUGUGUUUAUUUCCUUUCAGCAAAGUUUCUAAGGUCUUAAAGCAACAAAAAAAGACACAAAUAUCUUACAGUUUAGAUAGUAUGCUGAGCUGGUUGCUAUCCAUAUUUGUGUCAUGUUACUUCCUUGAUAUUUUUUUCCUCCCUCUUAACUAUUUGCACAAGCGGUACAGAAUGAAAUAGCACAGUAAUUGUUCAACAUAAAAUUUCCAAAUUACAGUUGAAGUUUUCUCAAAAGGAACUAAAAGUUUCUGAAAGAAAAAGGCAAACCUAUGGAAAAUAUUGAAAAUAAACAGCAAUAAACAAUAGUUUGUACUAUUUUACACUGGAAAGUCUUAUUUACAUAAUCUAAGUGCUGUCACAGCAAACAGGCUCCUACUGGGUCCCAUCCUGCCAGACUUAUAAAAUAUUUGAAGAGUUUUAAUAUUACAUUUCAAACUACACUUUUGGAAGUUAAUCUUGUGUGUAGCUUACUAGUUUCUAAGCCAAUGAGAAUAUUGAUAAGUUUGGGGUUGUUUUCUUUUUGGUUUUCAUUUGUAUAAGUCUCACGUUCAGCUGCUGUUCACUGAUAUUACCAUGGUACAAAAAUGAAGCUGUUGUUUUGGGUUUGCUUUUUGAAAAAAAUAAUAUAUUGUUCUUAUUAUGCUAUGUGUGAUGUGAUUUUCCCUGUGGACUAUGCUGGUAGAAGUAAUAUGUCUAUGGAAUUUGAAUUAAAACAGAUUACAUACCUGCAAA